AUGACUACAAGGCCCGUCUUCAACCGACUCUCGCAGUCCUUGCGAGCUGCGCGCACAUUCUCCUCCUCCUCCCGCGCAUCGCAAGCCCCAGUCCCCAAGCCCACCAAGCCAGCAUCUCAAUCGCAGCCAUCACUUCCACCAACACCAAAGACACAGCUCGAGCAGAUCCGACAGUACCCAGCACACCCAUUGCUCCAAUUCUUCCGCACACGUCAACACGAGAUUGCAGACAAGUCCCUGGCAGGCACCGCUGUCAUCGAAGAGGCCAGCAAGGACUCAAUUUCACCUCCCAAGUACUUUGUCAAUCUGCCACAUGCCGUACACCAGUCUGAUCUUGGUAAAGAUACCAACAGCAGAUCAUGGCUUGCUAGCGAAUUGCGAUUGAAGAGCUCUAAAGAGUUGCAUACUUUGUGGUAUGUGCUCUUGAUGGAGCGCAACCGCUUGGCCACAGCUUGGGAGGAGUUGAAUCGUGUUGGUGCUCGUCAGGCUGCUAGGAUGUGGUCGCAGAACUUGGGCGGGAAGAAUCACAGAGUCCGCAAAUCUAUGGCUCGCAUCAAGUUCGUUCUCAACGAGCGUCGUCUUGCCUUGAUCGAGGCUCAGAAGCAGGUUCGAGAGGCUGUUCCGGCGCCCGAGCCUGGUCAGGGUGGAAGUCUGUUCGAGGAAGCCGCUUUCGAAGAGACCGCCCAGUCAUCUUCUUCUGCCACAACACCGACGCAGCAAGCAUAA